CAAAACAACUCAUGUUUACAUCACAUCCGUGCUUUUGUAGAGCAUAUUAUUGUGUUGAAGCUCCUCUUGAAGUAAGAAUAUAACGCGCUAUUUGCUUGUUUGUGAAAGUGUUCCAGGAAGAUGUUUCUGAACUGUAACUAGAGAACUGGUCACUGUUCCACAAGUCAGUGGUGACAGUUACCAACCAGCAGCCUGUGUUAGCGAGCGUAACUAGCAGGGGGUUAUGGUCGAGCCUGGCCGACGUGCAUAGCUUCAGUCUGGGGGUGAAACGCAUUACAUUGAGCUAUGCCUCCGAACAAACGGAUCCACAAGAAGGCACUGGAGUUGGUUUGCGAAUGGAGUUCGUGCCAGGACUCGUUCAGUCGGAUGGAUAAUUUCUGCAACCAUGUGGAGGGUCACUUUAAAGCUCUCAACAUGGCGGAGGAGGACGGAGAAGAACCAGAAGGGGAGAGGAACUGUCUUUGGAGAGACUGCGGCUUCUGCUCUGUGGAGGGACCUGAAGAGUUGCGCAGACAUCUGUUCUUUCACUGUUACCAUAAUAAGCUGAAGCAGUUGGGUCAGCAGGUGCUUAGUGCCCAGCCAGAAAUUGGCACCUGCUCCAUCUGCUCCCAGAACUCCAACCUCAUCCCUGAUAUCCCAGACAAUUUCAUCUGCCUUUGGGAGGACUGUGAGCAACCACCGUAUGAAAACCCAGAGUAUUUCUAUCGCCAUGUAGAGAUGCACAGCCUGUGCGUUGACGUUCCAGCGGGAGACUAUGAAUUCCCAAUACGCUGUGGAUGGAAAGAUUGUGAAGCCACCGCUAAAGGACGUCCUAAACUUCGGGAGCACCUGCGCAGCCACACCCAAGAGAAGGUGGUGGCAUGUCCAGGCUGUGGGGGGAUGUACGCUAACAACACCAAGUUCUUUGACCACAUCAUUAGACAGAGCGACAUGGAAGGUCAGAGGUUCCAGUGUUCCCACUGCUCCAAACGUUUUGCAACAGAGAGACUACUGAGAGACCACAUGAGAACCCACGUGAGCCACUACAAAUGCCCGCUGUGUGACAUGACUUGUCCUUCACCCUCUUCACUUCGCAACCAUAUUAAGUUCCGCCACAGUAACGAGAAGCCGUACAGCUGUGAAUACUGCGAAUACAGCUGUAAGAAUCUGAUCGACUUGCGCAAACACCUGGAUACCCACAGCAGCGAGCCGGCCUUUCACUGUGACGUCCCCGGCUGCGGCUUCACCUCUCGUACCCUCGGCACCAUGAACAUUCACCACAAAAGAGAACAUAAGGGUAAUUUUGUAGCUCGCUACAAAUGCCAUGUGUGCGAUCAGUGCUUCACCCGGGGCAACAACCUAACUGUCCAUCUGCACAAAAAGCACCAAUUCAAAUGGCCCUCUGGACACCCCAGGUUCAGGUACAAGGAGCACGAGGACGGCUUCUUGCGGCUGCAGCUGAUUCGCUAUGAGAGCGUGGAACUGACAGAGCAGCUGAUGAGGGAAAAGCAAAGUAGUCAAGCGGAGGAUGAUGAUGACGACGACGACAUUGGCGAGACUGAGGAAGAAUGCUCAGGGGCAACUCCCUCCGAGUUGCAGGUGGAACUGAGAGGGGUGCUGCUGGAGGAGCAGAGGACUGAGGAGCCCACGGCCAGCGUCGAGGAGGACAAUCGGGAAGAGGGCAUGUUGUACGUUCUCACUGGAGUCUUGUCCCAAGCAGAGGAGGACGAGGAUGCUGCUCAGCAGAUUUCAUAGACGACAUAUACUGGUCCGGGUCAGCGCCCCUUUGCUUCGGCGGCUGUAAGGCGCGACACGAGGAGCUGAGGAGGGAUCGCUGUGGGGACUCCAGCUGCUGCUGGCUCGGCCACAAGUCUCUGUGCCGAGUGAACUGCGGGAGGCCAGAUGUGGACUAUAAUGGAGUGGUUUCUGGUAACGACUGGUCGGUGGGCUCUGUGGUGAGGUACACAUGUCGCCCUGGCUUCAUGCUGCUGGGAAACCCGACCAGAUACUGCCAACCUAAUGGCCUCUGGACUCCGAAACCCACCUGCCUCAGUAAGUAAACACGAACCACAAAGAUCCCAUGUCCCCUUUUGAUCCUUCUAGCGUAUCACAUGACCUCCCUCUACACGUCUUUUUUGGAAUGUGUCAGCGGGGACGCAUUGAAAUCAGUGAGGGGGAACUAAAUGGGACGUGCAACUCCACCUGUGCAAAUAAGAGCUACUUCGGCCCCCCAAAACAAGGCUGCUCUCGGAUAGACAACUGUAUGAAGAAGGAGACUGGCUGGAAGCGCUUCUUUGCACAGUGUGUCCCCUGCAUGUGUGACUGUGCUCUGUCAUGUGAUAAAGGAAGGAAUAAAGACAAGAAGAAAGGGGAAGUGAAACAACGGAGAUUAGAGUGACUGCUCGUCGUUCCUCCUCUCAGUCCAUCUGUCUUGGAAGGAGAUGAAACCUUAAUCUUGUUACAAAGGGAGGAGCUGUGGUUGGGGAGCUCAGGAGUUUGUCAACAUGAAGAGUGUUGAGUUUUGUAGGUAGUAGAACAGGUUAACUUUUAAUAUGUAAAUCAUUGACUGUAAAAAAACACACAAAAAUAUCUUCUUUUUUUCUAAAUCAAAUCUUUAUUAUUUUAGAGAUGGAUUACAUCAACAUGAAAUGAUGCAUUUUAAAGCAAGAAGAUUAGGCUCCCCUUUCCAGAGUCAAAGAAUCUACACCUCCUUUGCAAAUUCACUGGAUUAUUGUGCUGGAAUUUUUUUAUUUUAUCCAGCACAAAACAACAAAAUUCUGAACUUAAAUCUGCAGUCGAGUUUCCUCAAACUUAAGUGUUUCUUCUUCUAUUGUCCCUGGGGUCGUUUACAUUUUACUUUCCUUGUAUUUGAUAAAUAAAAUGGCUUCUGACUACCA